GCUCUCUCGUUAAUUUUGAUUCUUAAAGGAAUGGCAAUUACGUUUGUCAUCGUCAGUCCUCAAGAUCAACUCCUUUAUGAAGCAACUUUUCCUCCAGUAAGCCAGACUGAUGAAACGGCUCAUCUACGGGAGUUUAUUUUGUUCGCUUCCUUGGACAUUCUAGAACAAGUUGUAUGGUCCACUCGAGACUUUUAUUUAAAAGCUAUCGAUCGUUUCAACGACCAAAUUAUUUAUGGCUUAGUGACAGCCAGUUCUGUUAGGCUGCUUCUCGUAAGCGAUGGGAAAAGUGAGGAAGCAGUGAAAAAUUUCCUUCAAGAAGCUUAUGAAUUGUAUGUCAAGUUAGCUUUGAACCCGUUCUUUGAACCGUGUAAACCUAUUCUAUCGACUUCCUUUCAUGAGAGGAUUCAAAAACUCGGGAAAAAGUACUUUGUUUAGCAAGGAUUAAUAAUACUCGGGCAGUUUUCGAGUCAAGUGAAAACUUGGCUUUGAAUACAUCACAUAUCUACUUGAAUACUCUGAGUUGGUUCUCUGUAGUCUUUCAACCCCAAAAAGACAAUGUUUUCGGCCCCGAUGGUUGUACAUACACCAGACGCAGACUGAUGAAUAUAUAUACAUAUAUAUAUUUAUCAUAAAUAUUCUUGCUCGGAA